AUCAUUAUCAUCAAUUAUCCAGAUAGGAGAGUAGGAGGGGGAGAGAGAGAGAGAGAGAGAGAUGAACAAGCUCGUGAAAAUAGAGAAUCCUCAUUAUCAUCGUCUGGAAUUUAUAGAGGGAUCAGCACCCUCACCUCAAACAUGCCAUAAGUGCAGGCAGCCGGCGUCAAGAGACUACUACGAAUGCGAAUAUAUUAGAUCAUGUGAGUAUUCCCUACAUAAAGAAUGUACUGAAUUGAAAGAUCUUCCCCGGAAAUUCCACCCUCUACAUCCUCAACAUCCUUUGGCUAUUCAUGACAACUUUCCUUAUGUUAAAAGCUUUGUAUGCAGCUUCUGUGGAAAACACAGACAAUCCAGGCAGUUUCACCAAUGUAUUGCUGAUGAGUGCAAUUUCUACCUUGAUGAUGAUUGCGUCAGAGACUUCAUAUCUAGGCCGGAAUUACUUAAAAAGUAUGAGAUUCAACAUUUCUUUCAUGAUCAUCAAAAUCAUCAGUUGUCUCCUCGCGUAGGGAUUAGUGAGGAAGACCCAGUUGAACUUAAUGAAUUCGGGUAUCCAUCUUAUGAUACUGAUAAGUGUGACGGAUGUAGGGAACUUACUUACGACGGCCAAGAAGUCUACAGAUGCACUGGCUGUCGCUUCUAUCUCCAUACAAAAUGUUCACAAGUGCCAAAAGAGGUGCAGCACUAUUCUCAUCCACACCACCCUCUUGUGCUUCGUCAAAACCUAUUCGACCAUGAGGUACGCUGCAUCGGAUGUCUAAAGUGGAUGGAGGAUGAAUUCUACGUCCACUGUACCCACUGUCCCACCUUCAAUCUUGACCUUCAAUGCUAUUUCCGAGCCCAAACUCAGCCUACUAUGAAACAUGAAAUUCACGAGCAUCCUCUUGAGUUUUUUAGGUUGACAUAUAACGAGGAUGUUCGCUGCCAUGCCUGUAAUACUCCUUGCAAUGACUACUCAUACUGCUGCUUCACCUGCAAUUUUAAAUUCCAUCCUGAUUGCCUUGCCCUGCCAAUUACUGUUGAAUCUGAUGACCAUGUGCAUCCCCUCACUCUUACUCUUUCAUUCAAAUAUGAUCAUCCAACUGCAUAUUACUGUGAUAUUUGUGAGAAAAGAAGAGACCCAGAUUGUGGCAUUUAUUUAUGUAAAGAAUGCCGGUUCAUCGCUCAUUUUGAAUGUGCUCUCUCUCUGACCACUGCAGAGGAGGAGGAAACCGCACACGCACCCUGGCGUCAAAAGAUAGAAGAUGACAUUCACAAAUCGGACGAGAAUAAUGAAGACGUCUCUCUAGAGAUCUUUGAUCAAUUAAAUGUGGAGAUUGAGAAACUUGGUGAAGUGAUACAACAACUUAUCAUCAAGAAAAAAGAAGGAGAACAUCUGACAGAAAAGAUUCAGGAAUUUGAUGAGAGGCAUAAAAACACCGAAGAUAUGCUAAGACGACUGAAGCAAAGUGUUAGAGGUACUAAAUUUAAUUAAUAUGCCAAGGCAAUAAGCUGCUAUACAAAGUUAGCAAAUUACAAUAUGUAUUCUCCUUUGAUAUCACUUUCAUGUUCUGUUUUUUAUUUUCUUUUUUCUUUUAUUUUGGACAAUAGAAAAAUCUUACAUCUAAAUUAUGCCUUCAUUUAUCUUGCAUUUUUGAAGCUUUCUUUGAAACCUGAAACCCACCAGCAUCCUCUUAUAUUUCUGAGAAGAUAUAUUUGGAUCAUGUUUUGUACUCUGCUUGUAACUUCGUGCAACAGCAGCUUGUUUCAUUGUUUCCGAUACAAUUUCAAAAUCCACUUUCAAUGUGUGACAUUGCCUGUUACUAUUACUUACAAUGACCAUUUGCAUCCUUUCACCCUCACUACUACCCCAUAAAGAGAAGAUGGCUCAGGUGUAUAUUUCUGUUAUAUUGGUGAACAUAGAAGAAACCUAUGUCAUAGCAUUUCUUCAUGCGAAGAAUGUUUUUUUGUUGCUCAUUUCAAAUGCAUUUUGCUAAGAUAUGCAUAGGUCAUCAACUACAGGUUUGGGGCAUGCAUUUACAAUUUUCUUUUUUCUCAAAACAUCUUCAUCUACAAUUUUAACUAAUUACAAGUAGAAAAAGUUCAGUUGAUUGAUAUUCAAUUAUAUCUACCUCUAACUUUCCUGAAACUGAGUUCAACAUUUUGAUUUGUAUUCCAUCCUCUGCUCAAAAUCUAGAAGAAAUUAAGAAGAUAUGUCACUAACUACUGAUAAGUUAGUCUCUGCAGAGGACACCAGUUUUUUUUCAAUGGAUGAAGAAAUCUCAAACUAGCUACUUAGAUAAGUGGUUAAACAAUGGAUCAUCAAGAAAAAGCCAAGAAGAAGAACUCUGGGAACUCGAUGAGAGGCAUGGAAUCGCAGAAAGUAUGAUAGGACAGCUUUGUGAAAAGUUUUAGAGGAACUAAUUAACAAGCUAAUGCAACAUGCUGUUAUACCCAUAUAGAGUUCAGCAAAUUAUCAUACAUAAUAUGAUGUGCAUGUUUCAGAAAAGAAAUCUCCCAAUGUUAGCGGUGAAGUUUAUCUUUUACAUGGUGAAGAUUAAUUCCAAUAUGUUAUCUUUUUUCGCAGUGUGGAAGACUAAAUUUGAAUCCAGAAAAGCAAUCCGAAUGUUAUCUGUCCUCCUCACAAAAUGGGAAGAC